CGUGCAACGAGAGCAAGGAUGGCUCGCACUAACAGCGCGCUAAUGAUGAGUAUGGGCACCGUCAAUAUGUGGGGCUUCUCGCCCGCUUACGACGUGUGCAGCGGCCUGUCGGAGUGGAAUAAGGGCAAGAGCUCUUGGGUCAAUUCCGAUGACGACGAGCAGAAAGUAUCUAAUCAGCCGAUCAACGUGUUGCUGGCGGGACCUGGAGAUGUUCGCCAUGUGCUAGCGACGAUCUCAUGUAGGCGGCGAUGGGAGCCAGCCAUGAAGCAUCGACCGGUGCAUAUCUACAUUUUCGAGAAGGCUAUCGAGACGCUGUCGCGAGAUUUGCUGUUGGUCCAAGUUGCGUUUGAUACAAACCUGCCGCUGCGUCAGCGCUGCAACUUGUUUCUUGAAAUUUUUGGUAAUUCUCGAGUGCAAGAGAGGACGAGUGUAUAUAUUGAAGAACAGGCGAAGCUACUCAUAGACUUCGUCUACAAUGACCGCGGUUCAUUGGCAGGCCUGGUUGAUCUCUCCCACUUGAAGAUGCGCACUCAUGAUGAUCUCAUCGACUCGUUCCGAAGCUGGUUUCAGAGUGUCAAGUUUAACGUGGACACGCUUCUGGAUCAUCGUCUUCGUCACUAUUACGAAGUUCGCUACGACUAUCGCGAUAACCUCAUUGACUGGGAUUACACUAUGAAGCUCAAGAAAAUCGAGAACGCCAGUGUCAUUCACAUUCGCCAGUACCGUGAUUGGAGAAACACUGGUGUGGCGUUCGAAUUUGGCGACCAAACCUAUACGGUGCCAAAUCGCACAAUGGCAGCGUACACAGAGGCAAAGAAAAAGCACCAUGGAUCUGUCCUGUGCAGAGGCUUGUGGACGGAUAUCAUUGUGAGCCCAUACAUUUCAUUCGGAGUCCAUUGCGAAAAGCCCAACAGAUUCGUGGAGCAACUCUUCGAAAUUCACAACAAAGGCACGGGGGUCGAGCAGAAUCGCCACAAUACUGUCGAAGUUGCAGUGUACAAUGUGUUGUCAUAUUUGUACGAGAUCGAGACAGGAAAAAGAUAUCAGAUGGGAAAGGAACACGACAUCUUCAGCGGAAUUGGCGACGCAGAAGGAACACCUUCAGACGACAAGCUAGUCCCGCGGUUUGAAGAGCUCAACGAGGACACGGAUCAGUCAAAAAUAACUGAAAAGGAACUUCGUAAGCAACACGUGGCUGCUCAAGGAUGCGCAGAAACAAUCAAGGAAACAUUGCAGGGCGUGAAGAUCAUUCCACUGACAGGGAAUGUAGAGGACUUAUUCUCCAAAAAGCGCUACACCGGUCUCUUUGACUACGCGUUCAUCUCAUCACAGCAGUGCCACACACUUCAACCCUCCGAAGAUGUGAAGCAGCAGACAACAGCAACUAUUACAAACAUUUUGAAGGACGGCGCGGCCGUAGACGUCGAGUCUUCUGUAUUCAUGCUACCUCUUACAGAGGAGCAAAGAGCUCUUUACGUGACAAAAUUGCAGGAAUGGGCUGCUCACCAUGCGCUGCAGCCCACGUUCGACUUUCACGACAAGAAUGAACCUUCUCAUGAAGACAUGACUAAGAUCAACAACGCAGUGCUGCGGUUUAGCUAUGGGGCAAAGGGGGCCAGUGCCGUUUGAUGAUGGAACAAAGCUCACAGUUUAUUCAUUUUCCUUGAGACUUUAAUCUCAGCACGAUAUAACAUGACGAAAGCAGCUUCAUUGGAUAGAGUUUUGCC